AUGACGAGUUCGACUCUAUGCUUUGCUAAGUCUAUUCAACGUAUUGCUUGUUUGAGCAGUCGUCAAGCACGUGGAAGUCUACGUUUCGUAUCGACAGCGUUACCUGAUAGUUGGUAUAAACGCUUUCCUCCAAUUGUCGAAAAGGAUAUCGAAGAAAAAGCGAUUAAAGGCUCAGGACCGGGUGGCCAAGCGAUAAAUAAAACGCAAAACUGUUGUCAAAUAAAGCAUAUUCCAACAGGGAUUGUUGUUUCAUGUCAACAGACACGUUUUCUAGAAAAGAAUCGAUUGUUAGCUCGACGUCAACUACAAGAAAAAUUGGAUGCUUAUUACAACGGUGAACAGGGUCUUGUUGCACAGUAUAAACGAGAACGAAGCGAAAAACGAGAAGCCAAACGUUCAGAAACGAAGAAAACUCUCGAGAAAAAACGUGCUUUCAAAGCUCAACAAGACAACGAUUCUAACAGUGAUCAUGAUCAUUCAUCAAACUCCUAA